CUAUUCGAGAAAAUGCAGUUGGUAACAUCUCCUUUCAACACGUGUCCAACUUAUGGUGUAAAACCAUAGAUUUUUUUUGUUUAUUAAGUAUAAUAUAUAUUAAAGAAAAUGAAUUAAUACAUCAUUUCAAGUGGAGUACUUGAAGAAUAAAAAGUAAAAUAUUAAAUUCAAAUAACAAUAUGAAGAAUUUUUAUCAAAAAAUAUAGAGAAAAAAUAGUGACUAUUGAAGCCUAUAAAUUUAGUUUUUAUAGUAAAGUAUAAGUCAAUGUAAGAGGGCAAUUAUUUUAUAUUCUAUUUUAAAAAAUGACGCAACCUGAAUUUGUAUUUCCAGGAGAAAUUAUAAAGGAAGUAAAAUCUUUAAGAGGUUUAACAGUAUUGGGUCCAGGUCUCAGACAAAAUGAAGAUCCCACAAAUGUAUUGUGUGUAACUCAACCUGGCAAGUUAUGUUUCAGAGAGCCCAAUGUAUAUUGGAUUGAAGGAAAUAGAACUAGGUAUGUUCCAAAAAAGGGAGAUUUGGUUGUUGGAAUUGUGAUAAAAAAAGCUGGAGCUACUGUAAAAGUAGAUAUUGGUAGUGCUGAACAUGCUGCUCUUUCGCUAUUAUGUUUUGAAGGAGCUACUAAGAAGCAAAAAGCAGAUGUUAAAGUUGGUGAUGUAGUGUAUGCUAAAUUGAUCAAUGCACACAAAGAAAUGGAACCCGAAUUAGUUUGUAUAGACUCUUACUUUAAAGCUGGACCGUUAGGAGUACUUUCAAGCGAAGGAUACUGUUUUACAAUAUCUCUGACACUUGCCCAAAGCCUUUUAGAUAUCGAAAAUUCCAUGUUGAAGUUUUUAGGAGAGAAAUUUGUUUAUGAGAUUGUUGUUGGUGUAAAUGGUAAAGUUUGGAUUAAUGCUAGAAAGACCACUGAUAUUUUGAAUUUGAUGAAAGUUUUACAAAUAGUUGAUGAACAUGGUAUUACAAGUGUAUCUGAAAUUAGAAAAUUUAUUUUAUGAUCUACAUUAAACAAUGUGGAAAUAA